AUGGGCCUUACUUCGUUAUUGACAACAUUUUUUCAGUCACGCAAAAUUGAUAUUCUCGUCACUUUAAUAGUAUUAGUAUUAUCCAAAGUGUUAACAUAUUUGCCACCACAUCAUAUGGACAUUCCAAGUAAUCACCCCCUCUUUUCAUUUCCUCGGAAAGAAGGGACCUUCGGGUUAUGGUCGACUAUUACCAUCGACUUUAUAGUUCCAGUAAUUAUAAUUAUAGUUCUCUCGAUAUAUAGUGGAUACAUCUAUGGGUGCUUCAAUGUAGUCCUCUCAUUUGUUUUCAACGACUCAUUGAAUGGGUUUUUGACCCAACUCUUCAAACUUUUUGCGGGUCGUCCACGACCGUUUUUCUUCAAUGGAUGUGACCACUCUAAAAACACGUGUUUCAAGUCAUUUCCAUCAGGACACUCCUCUUUUGCUAUGGCGGGUCUUCUUUUCUUUGCGUUGUACAUAUUCUUUUAUAUGAAGAGAACGCAUUUCAAAUCAAAGAAUUUGGUCUGCGGAAUUGCUUUUGCGCUCCCCGUGUUACUUGCUUUUACUAUCGCAAUUACAAGAACUCGUGACCAUUAUCACCAUUUCUCAGAUAUCACCGGUGGUGUUAUGCUUGGUGGUUCUGUGGCUUUAAUAAGCUUUUUUGCUACUUACCAAAGAUUUUAUUUGAAAGAAGAAGAAGACACAGAAGAUAUUAUUGUUUUUCAAGAAAUAACCAUAUUUUAUAAAUAUUUUAUUAAAUUGGAACUAUACAAAAAAAGCAACUCAAUAAUAAGAAAAAGUGUUGAAAAAACCUCAAAGAAAAUGUUUAGUUGUAUUUAUCCCAAUCCAGAUUAUUUAUUAUUCCACAAUUUUUCAUAA